UUGUCACUUCAUUCCAUCACUUUACGUUUAGCUGACGAGGGAACCUCUUAUAGUGCCCGGAGCUCCCAGCAUAACCACUAUGUGCAUUCGACGUCUUCCAAUUUUACAAAAGUAUACUUAAACCAAAUUUUCUCUAAAAUUAGCAUGGCUUCUCAACGCACAGCUAAACUUCUCGUCCUUCUCUGUCUCAUCUGUCGCGGUGGCGUAGUCAAUGCUGGUGGGUGUGCCUCAACUCCGUCCGUUUUGGCCAAAUCGGCCGCGGCUGGGGGUGUGGCGGGGUUUUCUACGGCCGCGCUGGGUGCCAAGGUGAUGGCGGUGGGGGCGUCCACCGCCGGAAAAGGGUUGGCAAUGAAGGCUGUAAUGUGGAUGGGGGGCAGCGCGAUGGCGUCCGGAGUGGGCGCCAGCAUCGCAGCGGCCGCCGGACCCGUGGGGGCCGUUGUGGGGCUGGGAUAUUUUGCUUGGUCGUAUUAUGCGUGUGAAAAUUUGCAAAAUUCUGUCGGCCCAGGAGUCAAUAAUCACGUCCAGUGUGGCCCUUGUACGAAUAAUUGUCACUGUAAAUAAUAAUUAUAUAUGUAAUGCAAUAAAAUAAAAUAUUACCCGAAUCAAACUAGUUUGUCUACUUUA